AUGAAGGAGGCCAAGCAGCUGCAAGCAGGAGAUACUGCUGUUCUGCCAAGUAUCAGUGAACUCGAAGCAGCAGAGCAGGAGGCAGCCCGGUUGGGCGGUACGACCGUCAUCCAUUUCCUGCACGUGGUCAUACUUGGAGCGGCACGAGUUGGAAAGACCAGCUUGCUGAAGGCGUUGCUUGAGAAGAUGCACAAUGAGAAUGAACUCAGCACACCCGGCAUGCGCACGUCCUACGCAACUACAAACAUCUCUGAUGACUGUCGAUUCAUCGAAUGCCCAGACAUGCCAGAUGCUCUGAGUCGACUCUACGUCAUCACCAUGAUGUGCAAACCAUCCACUUCGAAUCAUCCCCAAGACAAAGAGACAACACAAGAUGACAGAGAGAGAGCCCCAGCAGGAGAGGAUCCUGUGGCUGGGACCCAUGCAGGACCUAUGGAGGACAGCAGCAGCAGCAGAAGCAGCAGCAACGGGCCAGCAAUGCGCGAGGAAAUCCACGAGACCAUCACAGGAUUUCUCAACGCAGACCGGGUAAAGUACAUCUCUGACCGGGCCAGCACGCCCAACUAUACCGUCAUCACAUUCCGCGACCUUGGAGGGCAGCAAGUCUACCAAUCCGUGCAGCCCCUCUUCAUGGCCAAAAACACAAACUUCAUUGCCACAUACAACUCUUCUCUGGACCUUCUAGAGACCCUUCCCAAGCUUGAUGAAUUUCAGCAGCAUGCUGCAGAUGAUGUGUUUGUAGUGGGGUGUCAGAGUGACAGGUGGAACAAAACCGAUUUGCCUGAUCCUUGUAAGCUACUUCAAGAGAAGAUAAAAGGUACGCGGUACCAGAACCUUGUCUGGAACGACACUUCGCACUUCAAAAUCGACAACACCAGAUCCACUGGAAGUGCAGGACAAGCAGAUGAGCUGCAGCGAUUGAGAGAGGCCAUCAUCGACCGCUGCCAGAAGAGCCAACGUAACAUCCCUGUUCCAUGGCUCCGAUUCUGCAUAUCCAUACACACGCUCAAGCAGGAGGUCACUUGGCCUUGGAUUUCCUUGAAGGAGGCAAAGUUCAUAGCGAAGCAAGUCAAGGCUGUUCCACAUGACUGCAGUGACCGGCAAAUACAGCUGCUGCUGAAGUACUGCCACGAAGCAGGCCACCUGGCGUACUUCCCAACUUUCAAGCUGAAAGACACGGUCAUCCUGGAGCCCCAGUUCAUCCUGGACUGUGUCAAUGCCUUUGUCUACAUGAAGCCUGACCGAGACAUCACAGUGCACGAAGCGCGGUGCUAUCGUUCUGGGUUCAUGACGGAGUCCCUGGCACGCAAAGCUCUCAACAAGAUGUUCGAGGGUCAGUCUUACUGCGACCAUGCUAAGGCGUGGCAAGCAGUCAGAGCAAGCAGUGAUGGGUUCAAGCUCAUUUUUGAAAUCCUAGAAUGGCUCUCAGUCCUGGUAAUUGUGCAGGAUGAGAGGUCUGCUGAGCACGAGUUUAUUGUACCUGCAGUCGUCCUGGAGAUGGGCACGGACCCGCAAACGCCUUGUUCCUGUGCCUAUGUGUCCGUGAAGCACACAAACCGAGAUGAGUUGAUGCACUUUCCCGUGUUCCUGUAUUGGCAAUGCGUGGUGGAGGUGCUGCUUAAGUCACACAAGCGCUCGGCUGCCACACUGUCACGGUGCAGCGUUCGCCUUCGCUGGAACAGAGAUUGGCCGUGGCUGCACCUGCACUAUACACGCUACGGCUUACAAGUGUACGUCGAGUGCAAGGGCCGACACGGCGGUAGCGGAAAGUCUACGCUGGAUGAAGUCCGGGCAAUCGUGCUCACAGUGGUACGGAAGUGGGGCCUGCAGGUCGAAGUGAUCAGCACAUUGCCAUGCCCCUGCGGAGAAACAUCGGGCGAGGAGUGUUUACAGCAUGGCUUAUCUACGUGCCGCGCGCCAAGCUGUGCGCACGCCUUGGACGCUUCCACCCUAGUGGCUGAAGACUACCCACUGUGUACACGUUCAAAUCCGGAUAUACAGAUGAUCCGUGAGCAGGCCAUGUUCUGGCUGGGCCUUGACCAGGAUGCAUGUGGAAAGCUGUUUGACCCGAGAUCGGCCUCUCUUCCUUCAGCAGAAGCCUGUGCCAGUGUGGGCAAUAGAAGCGGUGGUCACGGUGCUCCAGGAAGCGGUCAUCACAGCGCUGAUGGAAGCGGUGUUCAGGACUCUGAAUUAAUGUCACUUGGUGCCAUUGGUGGAAAGACACUUGAUCAAAUUGCCGACUGGCAUGCGUUUGUUAGCUCGAUUGAACCGUUCAUCGGUGGAGAGGAGGAAGGCGACGAGAGAGCAAACUGCGGUAAGGCGGCUGUGCAGCUAGUGGCUCCAGAAUACACAAACUACUACCGCAACGUGCUGAAGUCGUUUCACGAAAUGAAUAAAGGCAACAUCGGAGGCCCAGGCAAAGGAGAGAACAACCUCUUCUGUAUCCUGCUGUAUCUGAUGCAACGUCCGAGCACAACCGUCCAAGAGCUGUUUAACCUGCUGGCUGAUAAUGCCAAGCAUAGCCGGCGCCAUCUUUUCACGGCAAUCAAGAAUGCCAAGUACUUGAAACAAUAAGCAGGAGAUGAGGCCUUGUCCAGAGAUGGCAGGGGGGGGGGGGGGGGGGGGCAAGCGUCUGCUCUCCGACCCCCAGCAGCUCAGUGCCUCGGCCGGAUCAGAUUAGCAGCCUGGCCGCCCUCCGGUCAGCGUCGUGGAGCCUGAUGUCUUCUUGUGACCAGAGCGUUCGUCCUAGGCAUCAUGGGCGCUGUGUGUUUUCAUUGCCAGUUGGCCUGUGUUGCUGUGAUCAGCCUGUGUCAUUUUCCUUCAUCAUGAAUUUACACAUAGCAGUAAUGUUUCUAAUGUCUUGAAGUACACUUGAAACUCACAUGCUAUUUACUUUAAAUUGCAGUUAGUAAAUUUUGAAAAUAAUAAACUUUCACUUUUCAAUACAAGGCAGACAAUCAGGGAAGUUUUUGAAGCUCCUCUCAUUCCCGCCACUAAUGUAAUAAGAAUAUGAAUUUCAAGAUACGCUUGCGUUAGCCUUUACUGAAACUUGACUAACGAUAUUGAGAUCACCAUGUCUCUGUGCGUUGAGCCAAUCCACAUUGAUUUCAUAGAAGCCAACCUAUAUCUUUGCAGACUUGAUUAUGUAUCCAAAUUCAAGACUGAGGAUCUUACCAGAACUUAGUAGCAGAAUGGGGUUAAUGCGUUGAAAUAGGCUGGUAAUUUCUCGGUUCUAUGCUAGUAAAUACAAAGGACAUUGCCUUACUCUUUUUGCUGUCAUCGACUCACUGCUGAUGAGAUAUAACAAGGUGGAAACAG